UCCGUGCUUAAUUAUUAUUGCUCCAGUUGAAAGAGAGGUUCAGAGCCGAAGAUGUUGGCCGUGUUCAGUGGAGAGAUGGUGGAUCCACCACCGGAGCUGGUGGCCGCCGGCAGCAGAACCCCGUCGCCGAAAACUCGGGGAUCGGAGCUCGUGACUCGAUUCCUUCGGAGCUCAGAGCCUGCAGUUUCUCUGCAGAUUGGCUCCUUCGCCCAUUUAGCAUAUUCUCAUGCUCACCAGUCUCCCUUCAGGCCGAGGUUAUUUGCAGCCAAGGAUGACAUAUUCUGCAUAUUCGAAGGAGUUCUUGAUAACCUUGGCAGCCUAAGGCAUCACUAUGGCCUAUCAAAAGGAGCAAAUGAGGCCAUGCUGCUGAUAGAAGCCUAUAAGACUCUCAGGGACCGAGCUCCACAUCCGACCAACUUCAUGCUCGGUCACCUUAACGGGAACUUCUCCUUCGUCAUCUUCGACAAAGCCACUUCAACCUUGCUCGUAUCGUCAGAUCCUGAGGGCAAGGUUCCGUUAUAUUGGGGGAUAACUUCGGAUGGAUGCACCGCCUUCUGUAACGACGUGGAUUUGCUCAAGGGAUCAUGUGGCAAGUCGCUCGCACCAUUUCCUCGAGGCUGUUUCUAUUCAAACAAGCUUGGGGGGCUGAAGAGCUAUGAGAAGCCCAAGAACAAGGUGACCGCGAAACUAGCAAAUGAUGAGGAAUUGUGUGGUGCCACUUUUCAGGUGGAGGAGGGCUCGGUUGCUAUGGAGACAUGUUAGGAGUUCGUUUGUAACGGUCUCCAACGUCCGAGCAAGAGAGCAUGUGUUGUACAGGAGAAUUAAAGGCCGGGCUUGGGCUUUAAUUUGGUUUUACCUGAGUAAUGUAAUGAAAUGAAAUAAGAGCAGUACGUUAUGUGGGCUUUCUUCUUCUUUGUUUAUUUCCUGGUCGUGAUGUAAGAUUUGUUCCGUCAAUGUGAAAAUAGAUGCUUACAAAAAGUAGGAAAAU